UGAGUUUGGAUCGGUUCAUGGGGAGAGCGCCGUGCUGCGAGAAGGACGGUCUGAAGCGGGGCGCGUGGAGCCCCGAGGAGGACCAGCGGCUGGCCGACUACAUCGCUCGGCAUGGCCACCCCAACUGGCGCGCCCUCCCCAAGCACGCAGGGCUUCUGCGGUGCGGGAAGAGCUGUCGCCUGCGGUGGGUCAACUACCUCAGCCCGGACAUCAAGCGGGGCAACUUCACCGCCGACGAGGAGGACCUCAUCAUCCGCCUCCAUCAGACCCUCGGCAACCGGUGGUCCGUGAUAGCUGCGCAGCUGCCCGGGCGCACUGACAACGAGAUCAAGAACGUCUGGCACUCGCACCUCAAGAAGAGGCUGGAGGACGGCCUGAAGCCAGCCGCCGAUCACGACGCCGGCGGCAGUGGCCGGCAGAAGUCACGCAAGCAGGCCAAGGCUAGGAGCGCCACCGUCGACGCUCGUAAGCGGCAGACGUCGCCGCAGGGGCAGUCGAGCAGCAGCUUGACGUGCUCCACGGUGACCGAGUCGGCGGCGGCGGUGUCAUCCUCGCCGAGCGAUAACGCCACCAUCACAGGAGCGAGCCACGGCCACCAGCUCGUGAAAGAGGACACCUCCAGCUCGGAGGCGGUCACUGACAACAGCUUCUUGUCUUCAACAGACGUGACGGGAAUGAUAGACCUCGGUGCCACGGACGAGGAUCUGAGCCUGGCGAUGAGCUCAUCAUUGAACUGGAGCGAUGACCAGGACUUCUGGAUCAAGAUGCUGCAGGAGGGCGGAGACAUAAUAGACUUGCCAGAGUUGUAACAGUUGGAAAUUAAGCUUGAUUAGCUACAGUACUGUACUCCCUCCGUAAACUAAUAUAAGAGCGUUUAGCUUACUAAAGUAGUGUUCUAAACGCUCUUAUAUUAGUUUACAGAGGGAGUAGUUUUUUCUCCUCUUUUUACCUCCCUUCUUCGGGUGAGAAAUCGAGGCGCCUUCACCUUCUUGACGAGGGAAACAGAAUCAAUACCAGUCGGCAGUCGCAACCAUUUUUUUUAUCUACCAUAAGAAUAAAUCAGAUGCAGCGGUAUUACCCACAACUAUUUGCCAAUUCUUGCCUUUCUGCACUAGUUAACUAGUACUCCCUCCAUCCGAAAAUACUUGUCAUCAAAAUGAAUAAAAAGAUAUGUAUGUAG